GAGAAAGAGACUUGAAACACUUUUCAUGACGGACUACCAUUCUUUUUGCCUAUUUUACUGCUUUUUUCACCAGCAUGUAACGAAAACUUACUAAAUCUUCAGUUGCGGCUCCUUCACGUCCUCCUCCAGCUGAGCUCCACCGUGCUGAGCCAGGCCACAGGCGAGGAUGGACAUGUGAUCCGUUCGUACAGAGAGGACACGGCAGGAUCGAGACACCCCACUUGUUGCUGCUCAGUGGCAAAAGUCUUGUAAACUACUCUGUGCUCAAGGUCUGUGGUGAUGGCGGAGGCAGAGGGAAAGGCAACUCCAUGUAAGGAGGGGAGGUCAGAGUUCACUGCUGGAAACCUGUCCAGUAGUUCCCCUCAGGUACAAAGGGGGGCGUCUGCGUCUCCAUCCGUGGCCUCCAUCCAGCCCCCUGCCAGCUCAGCAACAGAGGAUGAGGAUGAGAGCGAAGAUGAGUCAGAGAUCCUGGAGGAGAGUCCCUGUGGCCGCUGGCAGAAACGCAGAGAAGAGGUGAAUCAGCGCAAUGUGCCUGGGAUAGAUGCUGCAUACUUGGCCAUGGACACAGAGGAAGGGGUGGAGGUAGUUUGGAAUGAAGUCAUGAUUUCAGAGAGGAAGAAUUUCAAACUGCUGGAGGAGAAAGUGAAGGCUGUAUUUGACAACCUGAUCCAUUUGGAACAUGCCAAUAUUGUCAAGUUUCACAAGUACUGGGCUGACACAAAGGAGAACCGGGCCAGAGUGAUUUUCAUUACUGAAUAUAUGUCAUCUGGAAGCUUGAAGCAGUUUCUGAAAAAGACAAAGAAGAAUCACAAGACCAUGAAUGAAAAGGCAUGGAAAAGAUGGUGCACACAGAUCCUGUCUGCUCUCAGUUACCUCCAUUCGUGUGACCCUCCCAUCAUCCAUGGCAACCUGACCUGUGACACUGUCUUCAUUCAGCACAACGGACUCAUCAAGAUCGGAUCCGUCGCUCCGGACACUAUAAACAGCCAUGUGAAGACGUGUCAUGAAGAACAGAAGAAUUUGCACUUCUUUGCUCCAGAAUAUGGAGUUGACGAUGUGACCACGGCUAUAGACAUUUACUCGUUCGGCAUGUGUGCUCUAGAGAUGGCACUGUUGGAGAUCCAGGGGAACGGAGAAUCAUAUGUGUCUCAGGAGUCCAUCAACAACGCCAUACAGCUAUUGGAGGACCCGCUGCAGAGGGAACUGAUCCAAAAGUGCCUGGAAUGUGAUCCCAGUACGAGACCGACGGCCCACGAGCUGCUGUUCAACCAGGCUCUCUUUGAAGUGCCGCUCCUAAAACUGCUGGCGGCAAACUGUAUUGUUAGCCACCAACACAUGAUUCCGGAAAAUGCUCUGGAAGAGAUCACGAAGAAUCUGGACUCCAACCUGCUUCUCGCUGAGACGAAAGACGUGCAGCUCAAACUUUCACAGUUUCCUGCCUUGGAGCUGGACAAAUUCCUAGAAGAUGUCAGGAAUGGGAUUUAUCCGAUGACAGCUUUUGGAGUGCCCUGUCCUCAGCAGGCUCAUAAGGAGACGGUUAAAUCUCCUGUUGUCCUUCCCAUGGUGAAAUCCCCCACCCCUGAACCUGCAGAGCUGGAGACACGCAGGGUCAUUCAGAUGCAGUGUAACUGUGAACCUAUUGAGGAGGGAGCAAAGUACCAUUUGACAUUGUUACUGAAACUGGAGGACAAACUGAAUCGACACCUAAGCUGUGACAUGUUACCUCAUGAGAAGGUCCAGGACUUGGCUGAAGAGUUAGUGCAACUGGGCCUGAUCAGUGAGAUGGACCAAAACAAAAUAGCUUCACUCCUAGAAGAAACGCUCAACCAGGCUCUUUACUAGCAGCGAUUUCUUCCACAAUGUUACUGUCUAAAUACUAUAAAUAUGCCCUCAACUUUGUUACAUAGUAUUUUUUUGUUGUUGUUGUUACAUAGCACACUGUAUUCAGUGGGGUGUUUUUCCUUUUUUCUUCUUUUUUUUUUUUUUUUUUUACGUUGUAUCUUAUGUAGAAACUUUUGGCGGUAACAUGACCAAAGAAGUGGGGUUUCCCGUAAAUGCGGGAAUAAGACUUCAUAAAAACUCCUUAAAAAUGAUGUCAGGUGGCUCCAAAGCAACAGCCUAAACUCAUCUGUUGUUUUUGUUUUUGAGAACACACAGUCAUACUGUACUUAUGUGUGGACGAGCCGGACAAACGGAAUUUUGAGGCCGCCCUCUUGUUAUGACCUGUUGUGACCUGGUUAUAAGAGCGCUGGCUACUUGCAGUUUUAUGUUGAAACACUUUUUUUUUUUUUUCCUCAAGCGCACAGCUGCAUUCUACCGUGUUUAUAUUAUGAAUUUUCUUGGAGGAGUUGCUCUAAAAUAUCAGCAAAAACCGGUACCGGCUUCACUGGUGUGCAACAAACUCUGCUGUUGUACGUCUAGAUUUCACUGCUGGGAUCUGCAUUGGUCGACAAUCAGAAAAUCUAGGGAUUCCCUACAGAGGGAUAAAUACAUUUACACGCACAUAAAGCCUGUUCAAGGUAAGGCAGGUCACUCCUCUGUAGAUCAUUAUUCCUCAUAGUCCAUGCUCUUUUUUUGGCUCCUUUCUUUCUUUGGCUUUAUAGAUAACAGCAUUCCCAGCUCUGUUAGAUUAAAUGAAGUUUAAAAACUGGAUUGCAAACACACAACUUUUUCAGAAUUGUUAGAAAAAGAUGCUAAUAUGGAACAAAUGUAACUGGUAGCUUGUUUGGGGAAUCUGUUUUGUCAAUUUUCCCUGGAAAAUGAUGGUUACUUUGUAUUACUGUGAAUGAAAAUUAGAUUUUUUUUUGUAAUGUGUCUAGAUUUUCUUCUCGUUUCUGAUGGCACAUGUGCCUUAAAGUUCGCUGUUUUUCCUUUUCUUGUGGGGGGGGGUUGCAGUUUUGCCAUUUGCUGCUUGUUGUGUUGGGUUCACACAUGCUACUCUAGAUUUUUUUUUUUUUUUUUUUUUUUAAACAAGACACUUGCGCACUGAACUCAGCUGCCAUAACUUAAAGAAAGAGGGUUUAGUUAUUCCCUGAUAGAUGUGUAUGUGUGAGUGUUUUCUAUGCUACAGAUGCUCUGUACUGUAGGUUUUUCCGUACUCUGGUCCUUUUUGUGUGCGAAGGUGACCACAUUGUUUUUGCUCUUGUUUUCAGCCUGCUAUCUUACAGUUCUGUAAAACUGACGGUGGAUUGAUGGUACAGUUCUCAGUGCAGACUCUGGGGUACAAUGUUUUUAUAUCACAAAGGAGUAAUUUUCCAGACCUUUGUUGCGGGGAGUGUCGGGGAGUCACAGGAGGCCUUUUUUUCUCUCACAUUCAGUACCAAAUCUCUGUAAACUACUGGUACUGUAACAAAGAACUCAAACCAUUCUGGGUCUUAAAACGCCGGACGCAACAAUAAAAACGAAAUAUUCAAUUUGUAUUGGAAAAAAAAAAAACAGUAUCAAUUCGGAUACUGUUGUGGACCAUAGCUUUCUUUUUGGUACUUUACUGAAAAUGCUAAAUGAAUUUUUUUCUGACCGAGUUGUACUCUGAUUCUGGAACCUCAGCUUUGCGUUCAUAGAAGUCAUUUAUUCAACAAGUGUCUUUUUUUUUUCUCCAGUAUGUUUUUGUUACAUGUAUUCAGGGUACUUACUACUGUGCUUCGAGCUGUAUUUGUUUUUGCUGCACAUGUAUAGCCUAUCUUAAUUUGUUGUUUACUUUAUUUUUCUUUACUUGCCAUCUUAUAGAAAUGUAUUUUCCAAAGAUGUUCUCAGAAGUCAGCCAGGAGAAUGUAAAUGCCCACCGUUGUACAGACCAGGGCUGUGUACUCAUCUUCUCUCUUAUCUACUAUCUUUUCCACCCAAUUUAUUGGUGGUGAUGAAACUGGUUAUUAAAUAAUCGUACAGGGUGGGCAGCUUAAGCCUGACACUCCAUGAUGUGAGCUUUUGGUUGUACUUGGAAAUUCUUGUAUUUUGUACGUGACGUGAAUGUUGAUAAAUGCACAAGUCUUUUCAGAGACCUGUACACCGACAAAGUGAAAGAGUGCCUGUUCUUACAAAUAAAUGUGCGAACUGCUUCUCUUUA